CGAGUAGGAGCAAUAGAACCUGUGGUCAUGUAUUUGACCAGAAGAUGGCGCACUAUAUAGGUUUCUAACAUUCUAUGGAUUCAAACGAGGAACAUUUGAGAUUAGAAUCAGUUUUUGGCGAAAAGGCAAAUUGUUUCAAGGUCGCAGUGGGGGCUGAUGGAAAGACUGAUUGUGAACUUACACAAAAGUAUUGUGGUGCAAUGAUACCGUGAUGAUACUUUGAUUUUUAGAAUAUCAUAAUGAUGGUUUUUACAUGGUAUUCCGAAGUACUGUAGGCUAUUUCAAAUAUCACUCUAGCAUGAUAUCAGGAUAAAUGUCCAAAUUAUGGUAUUGCCAUUGUAUAUUUCCCAAAACUGACUUGGUAUGACCAUGCGUUCUGCAAACUAUGACACUCCUUGGUAACAUUACCUUUAUGAAGCUGGAGAAACUAUAAUUAUCUAAACAAUCCAUUGCACAAUCAUAGCGAAAGGAAAUGAGCCAGAUGAUCAUUUUUCACAUUCUGAACUCUGUCCAAACCCAUCAUUAAAACACAAAACACCAAGCACAACACAAGUGAUUGUUAAAGUUAAUCAUUUAUGUUGUUAUGAGGAAGUGAACUGCAACCUGAGAUGCUUUAGAAGGAUCUCCAGGAAACCAUUAUGCUAUAUGAAACACACAAACUUCAACCAGGGAAGAAGAAAUGGAUGUAUAAAAUAAAAUCCUUCUGACAGUUAAGACUUUUAUCAUCCCGAAUUGGAAAAAUAACAAGGGAAAACGAUUAAGCAAAACAGCAUCUUUUAGAGUUCAUGUGGAGCUGUAACAGUUUGUUAAAGGCAACAUGAAAGCAGACGACAAGCUUCAGAUCUUGAAAUUCUUUCUAAUGCUGGUCAAUUCCUUCUUUGUGGUAAGAUGAAACAACCAUAGGUUUGCAUGUUACUGGUAAAGAUUUUAGAGACAUUUCUUGUUUAUUACUUACAAAGACCUCCUGCACUGCAGUCAGAUAUAUUAAUCAUACGGUGGACAUUGACACAGCUUAUAAUAUGAUUAAGCAUGUGCCUGAUUUCUGCCAUAAGCAUAGACUUCUGCACUCAUCAAAUAAACCAACUUAAUUCAUGCAUGGCUACGUGUACAAACAAGUAACAAUUUACAUGAUCUUGUCAGAUUCUUGGCAUCAGCAUUUUUGCGUGUUCUGCUUGGAUUUUAUUUGAUAAGGACAGCUUUGUUAGUGUUCUCAGCUCUGGUAAGUUUUUUUCUAUUUGUCAUAGUCUAUCAUUAUUCAAAUUAGAAGUUACAUCCUAUGCAUGUUAUUGCAAUCUGCCUUGUAUUACCUAUAAUAAUGUUUUAGGACACCAUGUUUUCUCUUGUAAAAAGUAUAGUAUUUUGCCGCAGCUAAUUUUUAGUGAACGUUUGUCCUUCUAUCUGACUUCGGUGUGUUAAUGAAGGUAAAUGUGUGGUCUCUCAGGACAGGAAGUGAAGGAGGUGGCUGGGGGGCUCUUUUUCAUCGGCCUUGUUGUGGUUAUUGUGUCCUUGCUGGGUUGUGCUGGUGCCUAUUUUGAGAGCAGAUGUUUCAUCAUAUUUUAUAUGUGCUUCUUAAUAGUCAUCAUUCUGGGUCAGCUUUUCACCACCAUUGUGCUAUUAAUACGAAGAGAGAAGAUUGAGCAGUUUUUGAAGGAUAAUGUGGAUGAGAUCAUUAGGCAGUACGGAGGAAAUGAAACCCAAACAUCUUGGAAACUUCUAGACAGUGUGCAGACUUCUGGACAAUGCUGUGGUAGGCUGAACUCAAAUGAAUGGAGGAAUAACACAGUUAUUGAGUCGCUGGGGGGGACUGACAUCUACCCUUGCUCCUGUUUUAACGCUACCUGCCCUGUAAUUCUGGCUGGAACACACAGCUUUGGAAACGGAUCAGACAUCUAUAAAACGGUCUGUGAGAAGGUUUUAGUGGACUGGCUAGAGAUGAAUAUAAUCGUAAUAUUUGGCAUGGAUGUUGGGCUUCUUUUGAUUCAGAUUCUGCAGUUUAUCUUUGGCAUCCAAACCUUCAUAUGCAUCGGCCGCAAGACGAGGGAACUGCAUCCCAAUAAUCUCCUGAACGACACAGAGGAGAACCCAGCAGCGCAGCCUGAACACCAGCAGUACAGUAUGGAAAACCAUCAGUUUGAUAGUCAAACCUGUGACCUUCAAAUAGACAGUGGCUACUAUCAUCACAGUGGAUAUGUUGACGGGAAUUAUGACGAUCCUGAAUUUAUAACAGGAUAACAGUCAAAUGUAAAAUAGCCAACAUAAUUUGCAUUACCAACAGGGCUACAAUGGCAGUUAUGAUCGGGGGGAUAUAUGCAACAAUUAAACUACCAUAAGAGCUACAAUCCUCAUGAUUACUGAAUCCACAUUUCUUCUCUCAUGUAACGUGAUCAGAUUGGGAUGGGCUAAUUUGCUGUGGUCUGUGCCUGACCAAAGACAUCUAAAACCUUCUCGUGAGACCAUUGUUUUGUUUCAGUAAGUUCAGGUUCGUGCUUGUUCCCAGGAGUGUCAUCUGUCAUCUUAAAGACAACCAGCAUAUUUUCCUCAAACAAUUCAUUCCAGACCUCUAAAGUCAAAGGCUUUUUAAGACAAUAUUUCCACAGAAGUCACAGUUCAGGGUGUGAUGACAGACAAUUAACUAUCUCUUUUUUUCUUUGGAAGAUUUGAUACGUUUCCAUUUUAUUUUAAUGCCCCAUGACAUGUAUUGUAUUCACAGGUAUUGUAUAACUGUAGUAGUGUAAUUAUAUAAAAAUACUGACCUUUGAAAUUAUAACCAAUAUAAUAUGAGACAAUCCACACAAUAACUAUCCGCAAUAACAAUAAUAUUAAAACACUGUUAUAUGGCAAAAAAAAAAAAAAAAUAGUAUUCAAAACACUUUAAAUAAAGAAUAAAAAUCUGUUUUCUACUCGAACCAUACAAUUGAAAAUAAACAUGUUUUAUAUACAAAGGCUAGAUUUACAUGAUUUUGCUUAUUACUAAUCAACAGAGAAAAAAAAACAUACAAGCUGUAUUUAAAAUGUGCAUAAACCAUUAGUCAUCCUUUGCAUUUCGUGCCACGAAGAUUCCUUGCUCUCAGUUGUGGUAUUCGGAUGAUUCCAGAGGUUGUUUUGUAAAUCACUGCACACUCAGACCUGCUUUAUGAGUCAAGACUUGAUGUUAAUGUCACUGGGGGCCAUUUAGUGUGUGAAAGUAUCUGUAGUCAAGAGUGGGCUUUGACUGAAGUUUGACAGACAACACUCUCUAUAGGCCAUAAAGAGCAGCAUGUCUGUCCGCAUGAGAGGCCCCUUUGUUACAGUCGCUCUGUGGUUGAUGAUAGCCAGGCUGACAUUACUGACCUCGUGUGGUUAUGAGUUGGCAGUCAUGCUUUACGACAACAUUUGACAGCGCACGCAUUGAUGGAGACAAAGAGAAAGUUACAUGGAGAGGAGCUUGAGAUUUCCACUGCCAGUACCUGAUUCUGCUCUGGACAGAGUGAUGCACAAUGAGUCAAAGGGGGAUUUUCAGGACUGUCUGACCUUGCGUUAUUCCAAAAUAGCAUAAAAGGGUCUUAUUUAAUAUAUCAUAAAAUAAUAUAAAACCACAAUGUCUCCAACCCAUUGUGUACAAUAUAUCUAUUAUUUUAUAAUUUGAAACCAAAUAAAGUACUUGAAAAGUGUGUUUGUGCUUUACUUCUUCAAAAUAACCUAAAGAUAACUUGGUUUGGUGUUCUGUUAUAUGAUGCAUUGAAAAUCAAACAUUAAGUGCAUCUUAAGUGUUCAAACACUUUUUGGGGCUUUUUUCCUGUACGGAAAGAAGCCGCAUGAACAUUGACUAAUCUAAUCUAAUCUAAUCGGAAAACUUAAAAAUCGAUUCUA